AUGAUGGCAAAUCGUUUAGUUGGUCUUCGUAAUCAAAUUGUACGUUCAUUUAGUACAAGUACAGCACUUCUUCAAGGAACAUCAGCAGCACAAUCAGCUUUACCAAAUCCGACGGAAGGUCCAUCAUUGGUUGCACCACCAAUUCCAGUUUUCGGUUUAGAAGGUCGAUAUGCUUCAGCUCUAUUUUCCGCUGCAUCCAAACAAAAGAAACUCGAUCAAAUCGAUGCUGACUUUCAAAAACUAGAUCGUCUUCUAACCCAAAAUAAAGCUAUCGGUGAUCUUUUUCGUAAUCCUGGUGUCACGCGUGAACAACGUAUGGCUUUAAUCAACGAAAUAGGUGUAUCCGAUAUGACUCGAGCAACAUUAGAAACACUUGUUGAUAAGCGAAGAGAAAAAAAAUUGGUCAAAUUCGUCAGUGUCAUGAAUCGUUUAAUGGCAGCCAAUCGAGGCGAAUUAAUAUGCCGAGUGAUCACAGCUAAACCAUUGGAUGAUAAAUUACGUAGUGAACUCGACUCUGUACUAAAACAAUUUAGCAAAAAAGGCGAAAAAGUCAAUGUUGAAACAACAGUUGAUCCAUCAAUUAUGGGAGGAAUGAUUGUCGAAGUUGGUGAUCGAUAUAUUGAUAUGAGCAUUUCAAGCAAAAUUAAAGCUUAUACCGAUAUAUUGACAAGCAAUGUCUAA